AUGGAAUUUGAUGACAAAAUACCACCUACACAUCCUGAUGAAGUGUUGAAGGAUCCUGCUAGCUAUCAAAGGUUAAUUGGGAGGUUGUUGUACCUCACCACCACCAGACCAAAUAUAUCAUUUGUUGUGCAAUGUUUAAGCCAGUUUAUGCAUUCUCCAAAGGCUUCACAUAUGGAGGCUGCACUCAGAUUAGUGAGAUAUUUGAAGUCAGCACCAGGUCUAGGUAUUCUGAUGUCAUCUGUAGGGGGAAAUGAGCUGCAAGUGUUUUGUGAUGCAAACUGGGGUGCAUGCAUUAAUAGUAGAAGAUCAAUCACAGGGUACCGGCACAAUAUGGAGGUUCACCUAUAUCUUGGAAGUCUAAGAAACAGGUGA